GAGACAGGCAACGUCUCCGAGCUACGUACUCUGCAAAGGCGGCUUGUGUCUUGCAGAUCUUGAUUGGCGCAAAUCAAUAAGCUCGUACGUCAUUGUCAACAAUGGAAGCUCAGUUUGUUGUAGCAGAUGGAACAUGAGCUCCUUUCGAUGCAGAGGGUGAAUCCCCCCUCCCUUUGUUUGCUACUUGGAGACAGCUGGUAAGCAGAUUCUAAUAAGUAUGACGUACCAGAGCUACAAGGUAAGGAGGGCAUUCGGUCUUAGCUUCCUUUUGGAGAAAGGGACCAGAAUAUAAAGCUCAGCUUCUCCCCAACUUUCCGAUUUUCUUCUCCAUCAACACCACAACUCACAACUCUACACUACAACUUCAACAACACAAUCAACUUCAAACUUCAAAUCAACACUUCAAACCUUUCAAAAUGGAGACUGUCAAGAACGCCGCCAACUACGUCAGCGAGACCAUCCAAGGUGCCACUGCUACCACCUCCAAGGAGGCCAACAAGCAAGUCGCCAAGGACGGCGACGCCAGCCUUUCCACCCGCGCCAGCGCCGGUAUCGAUGCUGUCAAGGACAAGGCCGACGAGUCUGGACACAACACCAAGGCUGAUGUCCACAAGGAGGCUGCCAAGCACUAGAUUCUUUAACUCGACGAAUCUCACUCUCUUCAUUCUAUCAUAAUGGCUUUGGCGUAUGGGAUGGAUGGGAGGAUUCCUGGGGAAGUGAUGAGCCUGAAACUCAUGUAUUAGUGGUCUUAAUACCCUCAUAAUAACGAUGCUUUUAUGACACUCAAACA